AGAAGCAGUUAUGCAAAUGAGACGGGAAAGAGUCGACAUGAUGCGAGCAGCUUAGUAAGAAAUCGAGUCGCUCUAGAUGGUUGCGCAGCAGUCGCACUACUUCACACUCAUCUCUCUCGUUACGUUAAGAUGAGCCCUUCUUAUCAUCCAUCUUAUCACCAUUUCUCGUAACGGCGAGCCCUUCUUAUCACCAACUCGCUCUCCCUCUUGGGGAAUUAAAAUUCAGGAAUUUCUGACUGAUAAGAAAUGGAACGUUCGAGACUCUUAAUUUCCUCAUAAGUCGUAAACAACUUAUUCACCAAGUGUCGAGCCCCUCUUAUCAAUUUGCUCUUAUAAGACAUUAAAAUUCAGGAAUUUCCGAUAAGAAAUGGAACGUUCGAGACUUCAAUUCCUGAUAAGUCGUAGAGAACAACUUAUCCAUUUCUUCUCCUCAUUUCGACUCAGACGCUUGACUCGAACAGUCAUCAUCUCUCCUUUAAAAAGUUCCCAGUACAAAUUUCCAACUCUAAAAUGCGCCCCACCACCAGGAAAUCUGACCGCAUCGCGAAGAAGCCGCGCGUCUACUAUGGCACCACCACCACCCGCGCAAAGGGGAGGUCCGUCCUGGCGAAACGUGACGCACUCAAGACCAUUCUGGAGGAGGAGGAGAGAGACCGCCACGUCGUCACCCCUCCAACCCACACGGCGGACGUGAAUGUUGGGACUUCAACCCACGUGGCAGAAGUAGACGUUGAACGGGACACGUUCCAGAAUCACGACGGAUGGACCAUUUUCGACAAGUGGGAGAAGGAGGAGGAAGAAUAUCUUCGGAAAAGGGGACCAGUCAUCCCACCACCACCGGGACGAAUCCCCAUCCCAAGGAACAGACUGGGCCGACCGGAAAGAGACCCGAACAUCCGUGGGACUGGAAAAUUGGCCAAGGUCUACAAGGAUUUUCUCCCCCACCAGAAAAAUUCAAGGCCAACCUCUGAAGGGCCAUAUGCCCCACAAGAAGAAGUCGAAUUCUCAUCGCAGGGUAAAACCUUCUCUCAACGAUUGGAAAGCAUACUCCGCCCCAUGCUCAACAGAUUUAAAAAUCAAAAAUCAAAAUGACACCGACUUACAUUACAUUUUUCUAUCAUGUAAACUUCAAAAAUUGAAAAAGGUAAAAUCGAAACGUACAAAAAUAUGACUAAAUUUAAUUUAUUGUGAAGAAAAUAGUUAAUUUUUUAUAGAUUAAUUUGACUCAAUAUUAUCGGAUUUACUUAUUUAAUUACUCAAUUAUUAUCCUGCUUAUAAUUUAUAUAUACAAAAUAAAGAAUACAAUAAUCACUUUUAUAAUUAUUCUGUUACAUGAUAAUGUAGGAAAUUCUUAAUAAAUCAUGAUUUU